UUUAUUAUUUUUAAGGUUCACAUUGGUCGGGCACAUUUGGUGUGUCCCAUCACAGAGUGCAGUGGUUUCUUGGAGGAAAGUUUGGUGGUUUCGCACCUGUCCAGUGAAGAGCUGGCAAAAUACAAGUACCUCUUAGAGCUGAGCAGACUGGACUUCAGUACAAAACCAUGUCCCCAUUGUAGCCUGUUUACCUCCCUGAAGAGUCACAGCCAACAGACGUCCUCCAAGAGUGAACAUAAGUAUAAGAUUCAGUGCACAAAGUGCCAGUUUGUCUGGUGUUUUAAAUGCCAUGCGCCGUGGCACGAAGGCCUGAAGUGUCGAGACUACAGGAAAGGAGACAAGCUGUUGCGUCACUGGGCCAGUGUUAUCGAACACGGCCAGAGGAACGCUCAGAAAUGUCCACGCUGCAAGAUCCACAUUCAGAGAACAGAAGGCUGUGAUCACAUGACCUGCACACAGUGCAACACUAACUUCUGUUAUCGCUGUGGGGAGAAGUACAGGCAUCUGCGCUUCUUUGGGGAUCACACCUCCAACCUGAGCGUGUUUGGAUGCAAGUACCGCUACCUGCCUGAGAAACCCCAUCUGCGCCGGCUGGUCCGAGGCUCUGUUUGUAUGAGUAAAGUGCUGGUGGCUCCAGUGGUCAUUGUCCUGGUGGUGAUUGUUGGAGCUCUGGCUUUGGUCAUAGGCCUGUUUGCUUUGCCUAUCUACUACACCUGUAAGAGGAGGAGGAAGCGCACACAGGGGUCGGGCCGCUGGCUGUGCUGAUUCAGCUUGGGUCAUCCUGCUCAGGACCUGGACACACAAACACCCUAAAAAUAGCCCUGGGUGCCAAGUGACCAAACACUGGCCACUAAGAUACAGCAGUUUUCCUGUUCACUGCAUCUCGUGAAUAUCCUCAUUUGCACACCGACCCUUUCCUCCACAUGCCGUUUUUGGCAUCGUUAUCAAAGACUAAUUGAGUAUAUUCUGUUUUUGGUAUGUUUAAUUUAUAAACCCCAAACGGAUUUAAAUUCAGUUCAUUUUUAGGAAUGGAACUAUAGACUGGUAAUAAUUUCCUGCAGGAUGUACUGUAUUAUGCUUUGUAGCCACACAGCGUGAAUGAUUUUUUUUCCUUCUAUCUAUUUAUGACGUGCAUCAGAUGUUAUAAUCUGUAAGCGUUUUAGUGCUUGAUGAUGGAGAGUUGAUGAAUUAAUGUCUGUCCCUCUUGAUCCCCUCUCUUUUCCUCCCUGCCCUUCAUGCUGUGCCAACAUCCGCAGGAAUUUGCAUGAUCAACAAAACACGUUUCUGUCUACUGCACUGUGGAAAACAAAGGGUCCUGAAUUACAGGGGAUCCAGAGCUCCACGCCAAGACAUAGGUCAUCUGGGUCAUGCAAAUCAGUACUGUGUCAUGCAAAAGUGUUCAAGUUCUGUGUUUGCACAAAUCUAAAGCUGUAAACCAAACUUAAAAUACACUGUGGGGUCAACAAAACCACUCCAAGACCACUUUUGAAAAUGCAAUUUUGAAUCUCUGUUAUUUUAAUAUUUAAAUUAGUCCACUGCAAUUGUUAAGUUAAUAAUAUCAUUCGUAAAAAUCUGAAAUGUUUUUAUCAAUACAAAUUAUAUUAUCAGCAUAACAAUUAAAGUGAAAUAAAAUGAAAUUAAUUGAAUAAUGUAUAUGAAUUGAAAUUUUCCAAUUUAAUAUUUACAUUUAAAUUAGUUCUCUAAUAAUAUAAUUUGUAAGGA